UCAUACGACUUGGAAGAUGGCGUCCACCCAGGUCACCACUGAUAUCCUGUCAACGGAGUUGAUGUGGACGGAUUCGACAACUGCCGGACUGAACGUGACAGAACCAGCUGAAACUGGAUCAAACCGGUUGACGGGCAGUGACCUGGUGUCUGUGAUUAUCUACUGGACCACAGGGUGCAUUGGGGUGCUUGGUAACGCUUUGGUCAUGAUUGUCUUUCGACAUCUCAGGUCCAAACGAAGUCAGGCCAACCUCUUCAUUUUGAACCAAUCGCUGGCUGAUUUCGUCACUUCGUUGUUCAUCAUCACCUUCGGCACAACGAGAAUCGUACGUCAUAACCUCUCGCAUUACGGUGCCUCUGGAUUCUUCCUAUGCCGAUUCUGGUGGUCGCGGUUCUUCGUCUUCUCCGGCUUUGCAGUAUCCACCUUCAACCUCACCGCAAUGUCCAUUGAACGGUACAUAGCAGUCGUGCAUCCGCUCAAAUAUCAGGUGUUUUUCAAGCGACGCAAUACCACCAUAAUUAUCCUCAUUGUGUGGAUCGUAGGACCAAUAAUGCAGUGGGUGUUUCCCAUCUGGCAACAUGCUAGUGUUGACGGAAGCUGUAUUUAUCAGUCUUCGUGGAGCAAUGUCCACGGAAUCGUUGUUGGUGUGGUCCUUUUCUGUUGGGAAUACUUCUUUCCGUGCCUUAUCAUGUCCUUCGCGUAUGUCACGAUUCUACGCACUUUACGCAUCAAGGAACGCAUCGUUCACGCUCAGGUUGGCGCACCCGACCAAGGCGGCGAGCCGAAGACAGACGCGAACGGCAACGCCAAAGGCAACACCGUCAACAAGAACAACGCAUCAUCCAAGCAGGCGCAAGCUCGACGUAAGAACGUCACCGUCACUCUUUUCAUCCUCUUCAUCGUUUAUUUUGUCUGCUGGAGUCCGAAUCAGUUCACGUUCCUACAAUUCAACCUCGGUGGUCCGCUCAACUUUGACGGCAUCUGGUAUCACUUCACAGUCGUGGCCGCCUUCUGUAACACGUGUAUCAAUCCAUUCAUCUACGCGCUGAAACACAGGCAGUUCCAGGCCGGGAUGAAGUCACUGUUCUGCCGCGGAAAGAGUGCCCAACGAAAUAACGGAAGUGAGCAGCCAGGUGGAAGUCUGGCUGGCACUGUCGUUGAUUGACACAGAGAGUCUGUGACGGUACGUGACACGUCACAUAACGUUGCGAGCGAGGAAUUCAGCAGUAUCGACGCCAUUGAUGCAAAAGUAUAUGAACAAACCAACAGUCCUCCUAGUCCUUCUUCCAAUAGUGGCAUCUCUCAAGGGAAGAUUAUCAGAAAUCACCAGACACAGGGGUCCAUCCUCUCAGACGGAAGCGAUGAGCUUGAGGAAACUGGUCCACUAGGUACCGACCCUGACUUUGACACAGCAAACGGCAAUUCGAACAAUAAACAUGAACACGGUGAUUUGACUGCUGAAAAUGGUAACACGAAUAUUCGACCAAUGAGCAUACUCGCAGGUACGGAUGUAACAAAUAAAAGAACUCACAGUGUGAUCAAAUGGUUUGAUCAGGAAAAUAAUGUGAAUUCUCUUUAGAAAGGCCACCGAAUCAAAAUGCUUUUUUAUUUUGAAAAAGAACCAAAAUACGAUGAAUCAACAAAAUUGUAAUGUGAUAAACUCUUCCGUCGCUUUCCAUAUUUAUGUACCUAAGAAAAUUAAGAACUAACUCGUGGCCAAUUGAAUUGGUGUCCUAAAUAGAUCCAUGCUAAGACUGUGAAAUAUUAUUGAUGAUCGUUGUUUAGUUCUAAGAUUUUUAGGUCCCCAAAGAAUUGACGACUCGCAAGUCUUUAACUAUUGGAUAUGUAUACAGUCAUGUAUAGUGUGCGUAGUUACAACAAAAAUUGUACUAACGACAAAUGACAUGACUCUUGCAUAGAUGAAAAGAAAAAGAAGAAGAAGGAGAAGAAGAAGAAGAUGAAAAUCCUCUUCUUCUUUUUUACAUUGGUAACUUUCAGAAUUCAUCCCUUGAACGCACUUACCGCUCCGGUUGCUGGAGCUAAAGCCGACGUAAUGAUAUCCAAAAUACUUUGCAAAUGUAUAGAGAUGUUCAUGCGAUAUACAAGAACGACAUAACUAUUAUUAUUAUUAAGUGUGCUUAACAUACUGUUUAUCCAAGAGGUUGCAAUUAUCAUACUGGUGAGUAAAUGCCCAGUUUCUUAAAGCUCAAAUUUACUUAUAUUUCCACUCAUACUUUGCAUGUAUUUUCGUGCCAUUGAUUUUGUUCGUUGGGACUUGACACCUUAAAAACUGAACCUUAAUCAAUUCCAUCGUCAAUGUAAUUAAGAAUGUAUAAAUGGCGAUAUGUGUUCUUCUCUAUAUUAACGAUUUUACUGUGUCUGUAACGAUUUUGCUUUAUUUCAAAAUCCUACAAAUUAUCUCCUGUAGUUGUACAUUGCCACUUUUUACUUUUCGUAUACAUAUAUUUGUUCUUCUUACUUAUUGUUGUUAUAAAUAAUUACAUAAUGAUGUACAUUUUGUGUAUGAUAUAAUGUGCUUGCCGUUCAUAAGAGACUUUUAGAAUUAUAUUUUGAGAUAUGGUAAGUAUUUAAGUGUUGUCAUAGAAGUGCAUUGCCAAUGGUUUUUAUAAAAAUAGUCAAAUGAAUUUUGAGAAAAAUGCACACAUUCCAAGUUAAGUUAACAAACCUGUAAAUAUUAUAUUUUAUUUUUUAAACUUAUAUAAAUAUCAAACUGAUUUAUGAGGUACGCUUUUAUUUGCAUAUUCAUAUUGCCUAGUAUUGGCAAAUAUGCAUAAUUAUGCUAUGGUAGAAACUGAACGAUAUUUCACGAAAUGGUUAGAAUCCUUAUAUUCGAAUAUUCCCAAUGACAGUUAUUUCGUGAGUUUUUUUUUUCUUCUUUGAGAUUGUAUACAAUCUUUAUGACAGCUUGCACCAACAUUACCAAGUCUAUUGCAACUAACUCACCGAGUACUGUUCAGCUGAUUAAAAUAUGAGGAUGCACAUGCAUUAUGUUGUAAUAUGUUAUGGGACAUGUCAAUCUUUCAACUUUUUCAGGGUUUUGUACAUUUAUUUAUCUAUUUCUAUUUACCCAUGUACCUUGUUUUCGUAAUUUAUCUUGUUAAACACUUAAAAGAAGAAAAAAAAACACAAAUUCAUCUUGUAUUGAUGAUUAUCAAUGAUUACUUAACAAACUCAUAUUAAGGCGUACUUAAGUUUUAAGAGGGGAUAAUGAUUUACAAGCCACGCUUUCAAUAAGCCCUUUCAUUUUCACAAGUCAUGUCACAUAGAAGUAGUAUUACCUUCAAAAUUGUUCAAACUGUCAAAUUUGUUCAGUUGUCAAUAAUGUAAUAAAAUAUUGCAAUUUUUAUGAUAUUGUUUCCAGAUGUAAUAUCCUCCAUGUGUUAAGUUGUUAAUUCAUCUAUUGUUCAGAUUGUUAUAAUGUUAUCUGUAAUUUAUAUUUCUAUUAUUAUUUGGAUUAAUUGAGUUUAUGGCUUUGCGGUGAAUACGUUAUGAAACAAACACACAAAUCAAAAACAUAGAAUGUAAAUAAUAAUCUCCUCCGAUCACGAGAUCUAUUUAUACCUUGUUUUUAUCAAUAAGUACCAAUAUUUCUCAAGCUUGCAGUAAGGCAAUUGAUAACGGCAGCAUUUGUAGUUAGAUAAGAAAAAAGGAAAAAGGCAAGCUCGUCAAAUGCAUUUGAAUACUUGAUCAAACUUUAGUUUGUGUGUAUUUGCUAUGUCUAUGAGUACACUGCGAUAGGUGGAUUGUGAUAUUUGUUCAUUUAAUUAAAAUCAAAUAAUGAAAGCAAUAGGAAAAUUGUUUUUUUAUUACGCUAUGACUACCUCUAGGGAGAUAAGAUUCAACGCUUCUUUACAACCAAUAUAAAUCUAGAUCAAACGCGCUCAAAAUGUUUCAAGUUUCAUAAAGAUAAAGUAAUAUCUAACGUUCAUGCUGUUUAAAUGUUUAUAUAGAUCAUGGUCCUUCCAAAUCAAUUUCAACGUGGAAAAAAACC